GGCCAGGGCUGAGGGCGGAGGGUGCAAGGCGGCGGCGGCCGCGGAAGAUGAGCAGCAGGUGCUCAGGGCUGAGCAGGUUCCUGGUGGCCGUGACUAUAGCCUUGGUAUCUGUUACUUCCCCCUGCCCACAGGCCUGGGACUCCCCAGGGGUCCAAUAUGGGGAGCUUGGCAGAUCUGUGACAGUGUGUUGCCCCGGAGUGCCUACUGGGACCCCGGUGUCCUGGUUUCGAUUCAGAGAGCCAAAGCUACUCCAGGGACUCAGCUCUGGGCAAGGCCAUGAGCUAGUCCUGGCUCAGGCAGACAGUACUGACGAGGGCGUCUAUAUCUGCCGGACCCUGGAUGGUGCUGUUGGAGGCGCAGUGACCCUGCGGCUGGGCUACCCCCCAGCUCUCCCCGAUGUCUCCUGUCAAGCAGUUGACUAUGAGAACUUCUCCUGCACUUGGAGGCCGGGCCAGCUCAACAGUCUCCCCACCCGCUACCUUGUCUCGUACAGGAAGAAGACCGAGCAGGCAGCUGAUGAGCAGAGGCAGGAUGUGAGGGGAGACUCUUCCACUGGGCCCUGGCCAUGCCCACCAGACCCCUCCGGGGCUGCCCGCUGUGUAGUCCAUGGAGCUGAGUUCUGGAGCCAGUACCGGAUCAAUGUGACCGAGGUGAACCCGCUGGGGGCCAAGACACGCCUGCUGGAUAUCAGCUUUCAGAACAUCUUGCACCCUGACCCCCCUCAGGGCUUGCGAGUGGAACCAAUCCCUGGCUAUCCCCACCGCCUGCGUGUUAGCUGGAAGUACCCCGCUACCUGGCCCCACCAGCCCCACUUUCUGCUCAAGUUCCAGCUUCAGUACCGCCCAGUGCAACAUUCAUUCUGGUCCACGGUGGAGGUGGUCGGGCUGGAAGAGGUGAUCACGGACGCCGUGCCUGGGCUGCCUCACGUCGUGAGGGUCAGUUCUCGGGACUUUCUGGAUGCUGGCACGUGGAGUGCCUGGAGUCCUGAGGUCUGGGGGAUGCCAAGCACCGCUGAGCAAUUGAGCCUAGAGCCAGGACAGAGGAUCUCUCCCACAGCAUCUAGCAGUAGGCCCCCUGCUUCAGGGCAUUUCUCAAAGGAGAUACUGACUGCAGGCCAGCCAUCAGCAGAGGACCAGUCAUCACAGGUGGACAGCCUCACUUCCCCAUGUCCUUCCCACCACCUGGACCAGCAGCCUCUUGACCACAGCAUCCCGGUGGAGCAGGUGGCCGUGCUGCUGUCCCUGGGACUUCUCUCUUUCCUGGGACUGGUGGCUGGGGCCCUAAUCCUGGGGCUCUGGCUGAGGCUGAGACUGGGCCGGAAGGAUGGAGCCCCAAAGCGUGGAUUCUUGGGCUUGAUCAGUCCGGUGGACAAGCUUACAAGAGCCUCAGACCUGUAGAGGACCUGGUGGGCAUCAGUUGCUUCCGCCUGUAACUGUACUGGUGCAGAUGGACGGACGGACAGUAGAAUCCCAGGCAGGACAGUCCAUCCCCGCUGUGCGCUGGGAGUGGGAGCUGGAAGUUCUCUGUGAGACCCUGGAUUCCGAACUUGCCAGUUGGUGGAUGUCUGGACCUGAUUCCAUCCUGAAGCUGGAGGUCCAAUCUGAGGACAUGUGUGUCCGUGUGCAUGUCUGCCCAUGUGUGACCACGUGUAUGAGAAGCAGGGAAUAUGUGUUUUCUGCAUGUAUGUAUGUAGUGCCUGAGGAGUGUGUGUGGGUCCUAGACCCUUGGCCUUGCCCCCAAUGGGGUGUGGAGGUGCGAAUAAAGGAGUUCUGUUUGUUGUUAA